AUGGAAGCAGUUGGUGUGAUGCCUUCCCUGGGUCCUGGACUAACGGGCAGGAAAGUUGGAGAUCUCGUCGCUUAUGGUGGUGACCCAAUGGGUUCGUAUGCUGAAGAGCAGAUCCUUCCAGCAGAAAAAGUGGUGCCUGUUCCAUCCACUAUGGAUCCUGUUGUAGCUGCAUCAAUUCCUAGGCCGUUGUUUCAAACAGCAGGUGUAGUUGGGUCUCUGUUGUGCCAGUGGGCAAUUGCCCUUGGUGCCACUGUAAUUGGAACCGUCUCAACCAAAGAAAAGGCAGAUCAAGCCAAAGAUGAUGGAUGUCAUCUUGUCAUAAUGUACAAGGAAGAAGAUUUUGUUACCCGUGUCAAUGAGAUAACAUCAGGCAAAAGAGUUGAUGUUGUCUAUGAUUCAGUUGGAAAAAGACACAGUCCAGGUGCUGCAAAUCUAUUCUUAUGA